AGAAAUAAGUUCCCGUUUACUACCGUGCGAACGAUACUAGCGCUUCAAGUGGACUUCAGGCAGUAUUUACCGCCAUUUGAGCUUGUCGGGUUCGAUCGAUUCGAAGAUCGAAGAUCAUAGGAGGCACACUUUGGAGAACAAUUAAACAACGAUAUAAUAUUUAUGAUCGCGUGAUAUAUAGAGCGUACCUUAAUAAUGGUGAAAAUUGAAGACUCCGUUAGAAAGCUGCUUUCCAAACCAGGAAGCGAAAAACCGCAGGAAUGUAAGAGGCAGCCGACGGAGUAUGAGGAUUUGACUGGAAAUUUCUAUGAUGAAUCGAACGCUUUCUCCAUGCAGUACUGUCACAUGUAUGCGAUCAGACUGACAGAGCUGAGAGAGGUAUUGGCGUCACGUGUUGAAGCGAAAUGGGGAAAAGUCCAGAUAGCAAAGUUGGCAGAGCUGGAAGAUUUUGAAGGGAAAGAAUGCGUAAUAAUUGGCACACUUUUUAAACAUCAGACGUGGAAGCCGUCAAUAUUACGCGAACUCAGCGAAGACCACCAACUCACGUUACCCGAGCCGAGGGCGAAUUACUGCUCCGAGAAGGAUCAACUCUUCUUGGAGGACGAGAUGUUGCGUAUUAAAUUGGUUAUUGGAGAUGCGGACUUGAAAAAUUAUGUAACGGGUGUUGUAUGCGCCAUACUAGGUCACAAGGACAAACAUGGCAGUUUUGUAAUCAAGGAGUGGUGCUUUCCUGGUUGCGUGCCUAGAAGUUUGCCGGUACAACCAAAGUCCAAGGGCAAGCUGAUAUUCCUAUCUGGACUCGAUUUAGCAGCCAGUUCCAAAAAGGUCUCGUUAGAUCUCUUAGCAGACUGGAUACGCGGUAUGGCGGGGAAUGCGGUAGUACAAGAAGAAGUCACUUGCGUAACUCGGGUUAUCGUUGCUGGCAAUUCCGUCAAGAGUGUCACCAAGACGAACAACCUGAUGGGACACGCGGAGGGAAAGGCGCAAGAUACGGCGAUAACCGCGGAAGUCGCCGCAGCGACGAAACGCGUGGACGAGUUUUUCAUCCAGAUAGCCGAGUGCUGUUGCGUCACGUUGAUGCCGGGUCAACACGAUCCCACCAAUAUAAUGCUGCCACAAAGGCCGUUACAUCCGUGUAUACUACCACGCGUGUCAAGAUUUGAAAGUUUCAAAGGCGCCACUAAUCCGUGGAUCGGUAAAAUCGACGAACGCGUAAUAAUGGGCAGCAGCGGGCAGCCGAUCGACGAUAUCGUGAGAGUGACCGGUGCGACUGAUAUUUCACCCCUAGAGUGGCUUGAAAGAACGCUGCUUUGGAGACACAUGUGCCCGACUGCGCCGGACACGUUACCGGUGCUCCCCUAUUCCGUAAAGGAUCCAUUUAUCAUGAAUCACUGUCCGGAUAUAUAUUUCGUCGGCAACACGGACGGAGCUGAAACGAAAUUAUGGAAAGGCGAGGAAAAUCAAACGGUCAGGCUAAUUUGUAUUCCGAAAUUCUCCUCCACGCAUACCGCGGUUAUGGUGGAUACAGAAACUUUGGACACUACAGUUAUCUCUUUCAGGAAAGGAUAAGUAAUCAAAGAAAUUUAUGAUUAUCUGAUUGUAAUUGUAUAAAAAUCAAUCUAACAAUUUGUGACAAUGAUUAAAUUACUGCCAUUAAUCCAAUAGUUUUGUAUUUUUCUACUGUAUUAUUUUGGAAAUUAAAUAGUAAAUGAAAAAA